AUGCCUUCUUCUGGGCUGAAUUCCGAGCCUCUCUUCUUCUGGUACGACUAUUUCUCUUGCCCGCAGCUGGAAAAGAGCGAAAGCUUCCACAAGGCUGUCGACUCCAUCCCCGCAUACGUUGCCAGGUGUGCUUUUUUCUUUGUCCUUGCUCCGGUGAUUGAAAACACAGACCUGGGUGCAGUCUUUACAGAAGUAUCUUGGGCUCAGAGAGGAUGGUGUCUCGUGGAGAGACUUUGCCGGGAGCUUUCGGAAGAGGCGCCCCUCAUCGUGAUCAAAAGCCAGACGCAAAUAACCGUCGUUUCUUCUGUCAUGCACUACGGCUCCAUGGCCCGAAGCCCGGGUGAAUGCGAUUUCACCCUGGAGUCUGACAAAAUCAAGUUGGGCCCAGUUCUCCAGAAGGCAUUGCACGGAAAGUUGCUGAUGCUGCUGCGGGCACGUGAUCUAGGUGGUUACCGAGUGUUGUUGAACCUUCAACCGGUUCUGCUCAGAGGAUUCAAGGUACUGCCCAAGUACUGCCUGUUUCAAGACGAAGGGGCUGAACCCAGCAGCCUGGACCCGGCAUCCCAUGCGGUCGCCGAGUUUUUGUUUCAGAAUGGCUUCGAGACCAUCUCCGACAUCGACGGUAGUGGAUGGUCGCCUCUGCACUAUGCGGCCCUUCGCGGCGAGCCGCUCUUGAUCCAAGGCCUCCUCGAGCAGCGAGCUGAUCCGAGUUGCAAGACCAGAAAGGCCAACCCCAACCACGGAACCACGGUGGCAGGAGUUGAAGCUCUGGAUCUUUGCCUUGCGCAUCGUAACAACGAGGCAGGCUAUCUCAUUCUCGGCUUUUUCUUCCAAGUCCUUACCAUGGUUGCUUUGCGCUUUGCGCGGCGAAGAGGCUUGCGAAAGGCAGAGAUGGUUCUCUAUCUGAAUGGAAUUCUCUUCAAGGAGGAGCGCGCAGCUUGCUCCGUGAUCUGCGCUUGGGCGGUGAACUUCUCGUGGUGGAGUCCGCCACAGGAGACACGGAUCCUUCUGGCCCGACCGUGUGUUUGCAUCCUGCUCCUUUUGUUCUGCAAUGCUCUCAAGAAGAUCUUAGAGUUCUCCUUCCUGCGCAGCAAGUUGGCCUUAAACUUCGAGUCAGACGUCCUUGUUAAUGCCUUCGAGCUCGCUGCCCUGGAGCGCGUUGCAGACUUUGCUUGCCUCGAGGAGCAGCCCAAGGAGCUGACCCAGACGCUGCAGCAGACGCCUGUGCUGCCACUGCUCCAGGACCCUCACGCCUUUGAGAAGCUGACGGCGGAACACCUUCGGAAAGCCUAUGGCAAAGGGCAGAAGGUGACCGUCUCGCGGCUUCAGUCAACGUCCAACGUCCUGCGCACCCAAGCGCCUGCAGCCUGGUUGGUGAAAGUCAGCCGUGCGCCGGAGCUUUUCCGAGCGCUGCAGAACUCCUCUACGACAAUGUUCUUUAUGCGGAUGGAGGGCAAGUUCGCGGACAUUGAAGAGUCAGCCCGCCGGGUCUUCGCCAAGCUCGCCCUGGCCUCUGCUCAUUGA